AAAUCUCUACAGUGUAAUACUAAUUUGAUCUAACAAAUUUUCCAAAAUAAUGUUAUAGUAGCCUACAUCCGUAGACAGUGCUAAUAGUAGGCUUCAUCCUUUUAUGGCCUAUACACUUAAAUUAGCGAUUAAAAAGCAACAAAAAGCCUAUAUUUCUAAUAAACAUAUAGAGCUCACUGUGUACAGUUAUCGAUACCCUAACUUAACAUAACGAUUUUGAGGACAGAUAGAAUUUAAUGUAAUAUAAUCUGCAUAAAUACAAUGUCUGAGUCUGUAACACAAUUAAAACUUUAUGAUCUGCCAAAAGAAAUCAAUGUGAGUGAUUUGAUCAGUGUGUUCAAAAAUAAAGAAAAGAAUGGAGGCGGUCCAAUACAAGAGAUAAUGAUACAUUACAGUUCUGAAGAAUGCUAUGCUAUUAUUACCUUUGAAGAAACUGAUGCUGUUUCAAGAAUAUUGAGAAGAGGGAAAAAAGUUCCUAUUUUAGAUUUCCAUGUUGAAGUAGACAUUUUUAAUGACAAAAAGUGCUGUUGCAGAGAAUCACAAAAUCUUAAGGACCAGCCUGACCUCAAUAGCAGAUCUAUAGAAGAACAAAACUCUGAAAAAAUCCUUCAUGAAGCAUCUUUCAUUUCACUACCAGAAAAAAUGCCAGAAGAUGUUCCCAUUUAUGAAGACACUGGAAAUGAAAUAUGGAAUAGAACAAUUAAGGCUCACAUCUGUGACAGAAAAAAAUCUAAAAAAUAUUAUGAACUUUUUUUUGAUGAUAUUGGUCUUAGUAGCUAUGAGCCAUACUCGAUGAUGUUAGAUGGACUUCAUAAGUUUGUGUAUGUCACUUUUAAAGACAUUCAAGAAGCUCAAAAACUAUGUCAAUUACCACUGGAUACUGAGGACUGUAAUAUAUCUAAAGUUGAAAUGGCCAAGCAGAAAGACUUUGAAACUUAUGAAGAUAGGCUUUUCCUAUACAGCUAUGAUGGUCUAUCACUUAAAGAUCUACCUGGUUUUGUGACAAAGAAAACUGGACUGGACAUCAAAGAAGUUAUUCAGGAGGAUGACAAGUGUGCAGCUAUUAUAGUCAUGGAUGAAACAGAUAUAACCCCUCUUACUUGGGAUUUGACAAACUUAAAUGGAACAAGAAUGAUAACUGCUCCUGUAUACAAAGAAAAAUCUGUUUUAGUCGCAGGACUUAAUAGUGAUGUCUCUAAAGCUCAUCUUGAUCGAUAUUUAAAAAACAAAAAACAUAGUGGAGGAGGUCCUGUAGAAUCUGUUGAUUUAAUUGAUGAAUGUCAGGCUCGAGUUACGUUUGUUGAUGAAACAGACAUGGAGACAUUUGCUAAAAAAGAUAAACAUGAACUUGAAGAAGGCUGUUUUCUUGAAGUAUCAAGAAUUUAUUCUUGUUUAGCAAAAAGUUAUAUACAGAAAUUUGUAGAUGAAAAAUUGACAAAGCCUCCAGAAAAACAAAAAGUUAGCAAAAUGGAUUCUUCAGUUAAAAAAAUCAAGCAGAAAAGUUCAGAAGUUUUGCCUAACAAGAAAAAUGAGCAUAAAAGUAUAGAAAUUUCAUUAGAAAAGAAAACUGAAGAAAAAUUGAGAGAGAUUUGCAAAAAAAUUAGCUUAUGUGUUGGUGAAUUCACCCUGUUGGAUCGUUGCGAUUUCUUUAAAAAAAUAAAUAAAAUGUGCAUUCAAUCUCAUGUUGAUUUUGAAAUUGAAAACCAGACAAUAAUUCUUAAAGGGUUGGAAUCAUCUGUAAUGAAUUUAGAAUUAGAAAUCUUAAAAAAAUGUAAAAGUGACAUUAGAAAUAUAAACUUGCUUGCUCUAACACAGGAACAGAUACAGAUUUUAAUGAUAGAAAGCAUAAGAGAAAGACUAAAUUUGUUGCUAUCUGGUGGAUAUUUAGAAUGUUCAAAUAAUGAAAUAAUUUUAUUCUAUUUGAAAUCUGAAGAUCCUUACAACUUAAUCAAAUUAUUAAAGACACAGAUAUGUGUAGAAAAAAAAAUGUUGAGUUCAGAAAAUGUCUCUGCCCUUAAAUCAUCUAAGGCUCGGGAAUUUUUAGACAACUUACGCUUGUCCUUAGAAUCAACAAAUGUACAAACAUUUUUUUACUUGGAUGAAAAGGAAAGCUAUUUUCUUGUAAUGGCACCAGAAAAGGAAAUACAAAACAUAAUUGGAUUAUUGGAUACAUUUUUACUUCAGAACAAAUUUCUUUUUAAAACAAUGACAUUUCCAGAGGGGAAACAGCUGUUUCUAAACAAAUAUAUGCAUCAAGAAAUUGCACAGCUACAAAAUGAUAAAGAAAUACACUUAACAACUAAUCAGAAUACUGUCACUGUUACUGGUAUCAGUGCAAAUGUAAACUACUGUAAUGAAAAACUAUGCUAUUUGAGGGAUAGUAUUUUGGAAGAUACUUUAACUCUAAAGUAUUAUGGAAUAAAAGAAUACCUUCUAGAACAAGAAGCUCAAAGGGCACUAAAUAGUAUAGCAGAUAAAAAUAAGUGCUUUUUAACACUAAAGAGUGAAGCAGUAUCCUUGACUGACAAUGGAAAUAAUGAUACCAAUGAAUCUAAUGCCAGUGGCGGAGGAAUCAAACAAGUUUAUUUUAUUUCAGAGAAGUAUUUUUGGGAUAAAAAACGAAUUGGAACAAUUGAAGUGAUUUUAACAGAAGGGGAGAUAACAAAUCAAAAGGCUGAUGUAAUAGUGACUACUGUUGAUAAAAGUUUUGAUUUAACAAAAGGAAGAAUGUCUAGAAGUGUGCUUGAAAAAGCUGGAGAUCAAAUACAACAGGAGUUAAUGUCUAAAUACCGUACCAGACUAAGUAUGUUUCCUGGUGAAUGUAUCAAGACAAAAGGAGGAAACUUGAGUUGUCAACACAUCUUCUUUGUAUGCUUAGCACGUAUCAAAGAUCCAAGCAAUUCAUCAGAAAAUAAAAUUGCAUUAAAAAGUAUGCAGGAUCUAGUAGAUAAAAUAUUGAUUGAGGCUGAUAAACUCAAAGUCCAAACUAUAUCUAUACCAACAUUAGGUACUGGGCGUUUAGGAUAUUCAGCAGAAAUCACAGCUCAAGCAACAGUUAAUGCUAUCAAUGAUUUUGCCAGAUUUAAUUCAAACUCAACAUUAAAAAGUAUUCAACUUGUUGUUUAUCCAACAGACAAAGAGGUUUUGAAGGCUUUUAAAAACAUAGUUUUGUCAAAAGGAAAGAUGGCUACAAGCUCAAAUAGUGUUGAAAACAUUGAUCCUAACAAAAAAGAAAAGUUUACAUCAGUUAGCUAUGGGAAAGUUAAAUUUUUUAUUACACAAGGGGACAUAACAAAGGAAGCGCAAUGUGAAGCUAUAGUUAACAGCAUUAAAGAUAAUAUGGAUCUUUCCAAAUCUGGCAAAGUGUGCCAGGCUCUUUUAGAAGCUUGUGGGAGAUACUUACAGGAGGAAUGUUCAAGAAAAAAGUCUUUAAUGGCUGUGGAUGGAUUAGUGGUGACAGAUGCACCCAAUUUAAUCUGCAAGAAAAUCAUUCACAUCAGUCAGGAUAAGUUCACCAGAGACUGGGCAACUGGUAUCACAAAAGUUCUAAAUGAGGCUGACAGUCAUGGAAUAAAGUCUCUAGCUCUUCCAGCUCUUGGAACAGGAUUUCGACACGCCAAUAUAAAAGACAUUAAAAAGACCAUGUUAGAAUGUAUACGAAAAUUCAGUGAAGGAAGACCUCGCUCACUAUGUUUAAUUAAAUUAGUUAUUUUUGACAAAAUAAUAUUGGAAGAAUUUCUGAAAAAUGACCAGGAUUUACAAUCACGUCAAGAUGCUGGAUUGACAUUGAGAAAACUUUCUGAAGAAGCUGUUUUUAGUGUAUAUUCUGAUUCUUAUCAAAACAUUGAAGCAGCAAAAAGGGAGAUUAAAGAAUUGGUUCAAGAGAAGUAUAUAGAUUGGACAGUAGAUGAUCUAAAAUUUCUUCAUCUUGUCAGCAAAGAGCAUAUUGGUGAGCUGACGACAUUUGGACUGCAGAAAAACAUACAGGUUUUUGUAAAUGAAGGAAAAAAACAAUUACAGCUUUAUGGUUUCAGUAAAUCUGCAAUAGAUGAAGUAGUAUCAAAAGUAAAAAAUCUGUUAGAAACAGCCAUUGGUACAGCUAAAGUUAUGAACAUGAAGACUAAACAACCUAGAAUUGUGUGGCAAUUUAAACGACAAGGAAGCUGGAUAGAUUUUGAACCAUUAUUGGAUCAUCAACUGGAAGUAAAUUCUAUGAAAGGAAUGCACUAUUUCGAGUUAACAAAUGCUUUAGGAGAAAUCUUUUUUGUUGACUUAAAACAAAUGAAGCAACAUAUUAAAGGCCAAUCAAAUCUUAGUUUUGACAUUCGAAAAAUAACUGUUUGAAUAAUUUUCUUUCAAAACUUUUGUUUUAUUCUGAAAAAAAAAUUGUUGACACAAUAAUUUAUUUUUUUUUGCUAAUAAAUCAUGUGUUUAUUUCCACAAAAAACAUUUUAACUGGCAUGUCAUAAAGAAAUGCCUCAAUCUUUUAAUUUAAAAAAAAUUGUAUUUUACCUGCAUACUUUGUAAGAAUAAGUAAUAAAAUGUUGAUGUUUGUGUAACAAAUAGGAAAGUAUUGAUCUAAGUAGUGGAGCUAUAGACCUUACAGAGCUGAAUGUCCUUAGCUAAAAUCCUGUUGUCAAUAGGCAAGGUUAUUAAAGGUUUAAAAACAUGCCAACCAGAUAAUGUUGCUGCCUGACCAGCAAUAGUAAAAGCACUUGUUGAUUUUGUUGUCACAUGUGCUUGUAAACUAGUGACAAUGGAAAUAUUUGGUUGAAAAUAUUUUUUGUUGAAAUAUGAAAAUUUAAUCAAGUAUUGUAUCAGGGGUCAAUAGGAUAAAUGUUUUCUAUUUGUUUUAUUUUGAUUUUUGCAUUUUAAAAUACAUCCCUACAUAGCAAUCCAACCUGUUGCUGAAAUUAGUUUAUUGUAGAGAAAGUUUGUUAGCUAACUACAGUUUUUCAUUGAAAAAAAUCUACCAAAUUUUAACUUAUUCACAACCCCAAACAAUUCAUUUCUUUAGGUCUCUAACUAAUCCUAAUUUAAUGCUUUUUAUACUAGAGAGUAAAGAAAUGUGGAUUUUAUUAUACAAUUAUUUUUGUAUGACCCAUUUACAAAUAUCAUUAUCUACUUUCCUAAAUACACUUAGACCUGCUUGUAAGUCUGAGUCUUUAAAAAGUUGUAUUAAUUUCAUUAACUUCAAACUUGCUUUUAGAGUAUUUUUUAUAGACUAAGCUGAUAAGAAUUUAUGUAAUACAGACAUUUAAUUAUGACAAUACCAUGCAUUGUAUUGUUAAUAACUAGUUGUAAUUUUUUGAUGCUCUUUUGGUUUAUUCUGAUAAAAAUUAAUAGGUCACUGAUUUACUAACAAGACUUCAUUGACAAAUGAAAUGCAUAGGAUGUCAUUAUUUUCUUUUAUGAGUGUAACUUCUGUAAUCUAUAAUAUAAAAAGAAGAUUGUUAGAUCUCAAGAUCUAAGAGGGAUAUUGGAAAUUAGACUUUCACACUGAAAUUAGGUCAGAUAUUAUGAAAUAAUGUUAACAGAAAUGUUAAAUAUCUGUUUCUUAGUGCAACAACUACUUUUAUGAAAGCAUGCACAUUAAAAAAAAGAAAAAAAAAGAGUGCAUUUCUUAAGAACAUAGGUAUGUUGUUUUGUUUAAAGAAAGAUUUGAUAGUUUGUUUUAAUUCACUCUAUUUACUUGACUCCAAAAAGUUAGUUUUUUUUUUACUUCAAACACUGUCCUACAAAGAUUCCUCUAUUUUCUUCUAAUAUUUUUUUUUUUGAAAAGAUAUUUUAUGAAACUUAUUAGUCUUUAUUAAAUUUAGCGAUUUCAAAGUUUUAUUAAAUAAUGAUAAACUUUUUUUUGUGUGUUCUUUUGUGUUAUAACAUCUGGUAAUUGGAAUGAAAAGGAUGUUAAUAAAAAAAAAAAAAAGAAGAAA